UGCGCUCGUGUCCGUGCUCAAGAAUUCUGCAAUUUUGCAAAUAUAAUUAUGUUCUACCUUGUGUUCUGCGGUUUAAGUGGUUAAAUAAAGAAAGGCAUCGCGGCAGUAACAAAUUGGCAGGCGAACACCUAAGACAUAGAGACCAAAUCCGAUUUUGUGAAAGUGAAAAACGAACGUUUUAUUGAAGUAGUGACGGAAGUUGAAUUGAAGAACAUAUUCGUUUUAAUAAUAAAAUAAUUUUUGAAAAAAUAAAAUCAUGUCGAAACUGGCAAUUAUGCUGCUCUUACUGGGCACAACGGCGGUGCUGUGGCAACAGGCUGAGGCCAAGCCUUUUCUGCUGUUGUCGAAAAAUUUCUUCGUCUUAACAACUAGAGCACCAUCCACAGGCGGUUCUUCAUCCUCCUCAUCUUCUUCAUUCUCCUCCUCUUCUUCUUCGUCCUCAUCAGCAACUGGUGGUCUCUUUCAACUACCUGUUGGCAUCAUAAGUCGCAAAUUGAGUUUGAUCAGUGGUCUACUAUCCGGCUUCAGUGGUGGUGGUGGCGGUUUUGGGCUCGGCUUCAAAUCCACUGCAACAGCCACUACGCGCCGACCACAAACAACCGCUAAGAGCACAACCGAACCGAAUACGGUAUUUACAGCGGAAACUAGCACAAAAGCGUUUACAACAACAACCACUGCUGCAACUACCACAACGACAACAACAACAACCACCCCUGCGCCAGAGACAACAACUGCUGCCGCGGCUGUCAUUGAACCGACAAAAGAGGGCGAAAGUGUAGCCAGCAGUAGCAAUACCGUAAAUAGUGGAUUCGAAGUCAUUUACUCCAAUUCCAAUAAUGGCGAUAAGAAUGGCAGCUUAACGCUGACGAACUCAGAGGCCACAUUCGGUGUAGCAGCAACUGGUGGUGUGAGCGGUGGCGGCAAUGUCGCUAGCUCUAACUCUGCUAAUAGUGGUGGAUUCGAAGUUAUUUACUCGAACUCGGUUGGAGGAUCUGGCGGCGCUGGAGGUAGUGGCGCAGUGGGAAGCUCUGGUUCCGGUGGACUCUUUGGUACAGUUGGAGGUAGUGGCGUAACUGGGAUUUCUGGCGCUGUUGGCGGUACUCACACAGUAGGAAGUUCUGGUUCCGGUGGACUUUUUGGUUCAGUCGGAGGUAGUGGCGUAUCUGGGAUUUCUGGAGCAGUUGGAGGUACCCACACAGAAGGAAGUUCUGGUUCCGGUGGGCUUUUUGGUUCAGUUGGAGGUAGUGGCGUAACUGGAGUUUCUGGCGCAGUUGGAGGUACUCACACAGUAGGAAGUUCUGGUUCCGGUGGACUUUUUGGUUCAGUUGGAGGUAGUGGCGUAUCUGGGAUUUCUGGCGCAGUUGGCGGUACUCACACAGUAGGAAGUUCUGGUUCCGGUGGACUUUUUGGUUCAGUUGGAGGUAGUGGCACAUCUGGAGUUUCUGGCGCAGUUGGAGGUACUCACACAGUAGGAAGUUCUGGUUCCGGUGGACUUUUUGGUUCAGUUGGAGGUAGUGGCGUAUCUGGGAUUUCUGGCGCAGUUGGCGGUACUCACACAGUAGGAAGUGGUGGUUCCGGUGGACUUUUUGGUUCAGUUGGAGGUAGUGGCACAUCUGGAGUUUCUGGCGCAGUUGGAGGUACUCACACAAUUGGAGGAACACACACAGUUGGAAUAUCUGGAGCUAGUUUAGGUGUUGGUGGCCUUACGAAUGGAGGCCUUUCGAGUGGAGGUCUUUCGAAUGGAGGUCUUUCGGGUGGCGGUUUCACCAGUGGUGGUCUCACAAAUUUUGGUCAUGCGAAUAGUGGCCAUGCAAAUCUUGGUAUUACAAAUAGUGGUAUUAAAGGUUAUAACUAUAAUAGACCGGUAGAUACGAGCGUAAAUGAGAUUAACAGUGGAAGCUUAAGCAGUACCUACUUGCCAGUUUACCGGUACAGAUAGAGGAAGAGACUUGGAAAUGAACUUAGCGACCCAGGAAAUAUUUAAUUUAGUAUUUAGCUCUAUAAUUGUAUGUUACGAAAACGAAUUGUUAAAAAUUUAGAUAUUUUACAUAUUUUCAGCGUAAAUAAAAGUCUAAAAUAUUGAGGAAAUAAUUAAACA